AUGAAACAAUCAGAUGAUAUUGAACUAACGCCGUGCAGACCCAGAUCUAGAGUCUUUGUGCACUCUUUACUCGAGCAUAUUGAACUUCUGGAAAGUCGCUUGAAGGAGGUGGACGGCGAAUUACCACAGCAACCACAGCAACCCGACAUCCAAGUGCAAUCAGAGCAAACGCAAAGCGCGGAACAUGUUGCCCAACAGUCCGCAGGAUCCUGGCCUCAUCGCAACUCCGGCGAUCAUUUUGAUUUACCACACCUUGACUCUGAGGUGGUUGUCCUCCAGGAAGACCAGGGGCUGUCUAGUCCAGGUGAUAACGAACCCCAUGAUCAAACUCCAACUUCAAAUGCUACCUCUGGGGAGGAUGGAGCGGUUCUCUGUUCGGAGCUCGCUGAUCGGGGCCAUCUCCAAGAAGGCUGUGAAGAUACCGCCCAUUCCUUUCUGUUCGAGUCAACACGGCUGAAAUACGACGGCACCACUGGACAAUUACGAUACUUUACUCCCCUUGCUAGAUACCAACUUUACGCGGACCAAAUUUCCGACUCUCAAGGGAGUUCUUCGGGAUCAUGGCAUCUACAGAAGCGAUUGCAUCAUAUGAUCAAAGAUCUCACUACGGAGACCUACAAUCAUUUGAUGACUUGUUUCUGGACCCAUUACAAUGAAGCUUUGCGAAUGAUUGACCAGGAGGCAUUUGAGCAAGACAGAGACCGAGACAAGCUUCACUACUCAGGGUUUCUACAUAUAUGUUGCUUGGCGAUGGGCUUCAGAUACGCUGAUAAGUCUAGGCCAGAUAUCAAAACACUUGAUAGGGGAAACAGGCACAGUACCUUCCACGAGAGUGCGCGAUACACGGUUGAGACUGAGUUGGAAAACCCUCGAGGCUUGACCACCAUACAAGGGCUGCUCAUUUUGAGCGACUUGGAGUGUGCAGUCGGCAGAGACCGAUCGGGUUGGAUGUACGCUGGUGUCGCCUGCCGAUUUUCGUUUGAGAUGGGAUUGACUAUAGACCACUCUAAAUCUACCUUGCCUCAGAGAGAGAUGCAAUCACGACAGCGUCUGUUGCGGGCCUGUGUUUUCUACGACAGAAUCUGGGCCAUAUUCUCCGGUCACCCCACUGUGAUCAGAAAAUCUGACUUGUUCUCUACCGGAUUCAGCCUCACAUAUUCCAAGGUGUUGACUUCGGCCUCUGAGGUCUCAACACGUCUGGCUGAGAGCCCGGGAGAAACCCAAGCCUGGGAUGCCUUGCUGGAGCUGAUGGAGUUGGCCAUCAAAGUGUCUAGCCACAUUACCAACGCAGCUUCGACAUCAGAGCUUAACGAAGCUACUGGCAAGCUCGUGGCUGCUGCAGCACUACAUGGCGAGCUUGAGUCGUGGCAGAGAAAUCUCCCGGCUCAGCUCAGGUGGAAUGCGGAGAAUGUGCAGAGUUCGCGCGCCAUGUUCUUUUUCAUACACCAGCUGUUUCAUAGCACGCUAAUUCAGCUGCAUUCUUCACUGGUGGAGGAUGAGCCAGAUCAGCUGCACCAAAGCGCCGGGAAGAUCUCGGAAGUCUCCACAACAUCGUCUUUUCGAACAGUCUCGAAGAAUGUCUGCCUGGAGAAUGCGAUGAGCAUUGUUCGAAACGUGGAUGCGUAUUGCACGAAAUUUGGCAUGCAGUCUUUGAUUGUCUUUACUCCCCAGCCUGCGAGCGUGGCUUUGACUGCUCUCCUCACGAACUUGGCCGAGUUUGAAAAUUCCGCAAAAACGACCACAAUACUACAGCAAGUCAACACGCUGGCCAAGGUCCUGAGAAAGAUGUCCGAAAGCUAUCAUACAGCUCAGAGUGUAUGCACAGUUCUGGACCAUGUUUUACCCCGGACCAAGACAGCCGCUUCCUCCCACACAGCUGAAUUGGGCAGUCACAACGAAGUUCUCCAGGAUGUUCCACAGCCGCCUUUUCAGCCCGUGCUACAGAGAAGCUUAUCAAGACCGAUGCACUUAGAACAUUGGCCUCAUUUCCAGGGCAGUGGCAUGAUCGCGGAUAAGGAUACUAUUGCCGCCACCCGCUUUGACAACUCAAGACAGACGACACAUAGGGGCGUUCAUGGUGAAAUAUCGACAUGA